UUGAAAAACCAGAGACUACAGAGUUACUGUAUAUGAAAAGCAAUUAACAAAAAUUAUAUACUAUAUUUUGCACAAUGACCGAGAAGCUUUUCAUAUAAUUUAUUCUCGAUAUUUUUGAGGUAUGUCGUAUAUAAAUUAAAAAAUAAUCUAGUAUAGAAAAACAACUUCUAUCUCAAACCCAACAACCGUAAAUGUCAUCGUUUUUCUCAUCACUGUUUUUCCUGCUUCUGAUAAUUCAACCAUACCCAAUGAAUCUCACACAAGCAGAAAAAAACAUAUUCAUACUAGCCGGACAAAGCAACAUGGCCGGCAGAGGAGGCGUAACAAACGACACAACAACCGGUGCAACAACCUGGGACGGCAUCGUUCCAUCUCAAUGCAACCCAAACCCUUCAAUCCUUAAACUCAACUCACAUCUCAAAUGGGUGGAAGCACAAGAGCCUCUUCACGAAGACAUAGAUAGAGAAAAAACAAACGGGAUUGGACCAGGAAUGGCGUUUGCGAAUCAUGUGUUGGAAAAGAACAUGGGAGUUGGUGUGGUGGGGUUGGUCCCAUGUGCGAUUGGUGGUUCCAAUAUAAGUGAAUGGGAAAAGGGUAAAGUGCUUUAUAGCCACAUGAUGAAGAGGGUUAAAGCUUCGUUGCGUGAUGGUGGUGGUGAUGUUCGAGGGGUUCUUUGGUUUCAAGGAGAGUCUGAUACGGUGAGUUUAAGGGAUGCGGAGUCUUAUCAAAGUAGAGUUCGCAGGUUUUUCUUGGAUGUUCGUGCUGAUUUGCAGACUCCAUUGCUUCCUAUAAUUCAGGUGGCUUUAGCAUCAGGAUCAGGCCCAUACGUAGAGAUAGUGAGACAAGCCCAGCUGGGUAUAGACCUCCUGAGUUUGAAAACUGUGGAUGCUAAGGGCUUGCCUCUUCAGCCCGAUGGGCUUCAUCUUUCCACCCAGGCCCAAGUUGAGCUUGGAAAGAUGAUGGGUGAUGCAUUCCUUCAAUUUGUACCUUCUUCAAUUCCAAGUCCAAAUGUACAUCAUAAUAAUGUUAGUCCAAUACGUAAGGAGUCCUCAAAUUCUAUUGGGCUUUCUAAUUUUGUUUCUCAUAUUUACAUAGUUCCUUUGUUCACAACAUUUCUCAUAAUGAUUUCUUAACUUUCUUGUAGAGGUGUUGAUUAUUCACAUUAAUAUUAAUAUAUAAAUAUAAAUAAAUGUUAUCACCUGAGAUUA